AUGAAAAAAGUCGCUUUCACUUUCAUUAACGACUCUAUAAGCACAUUCAUCCUAUCACCAUUGAGCACGCAGGGAAAUUACAAAGAAGGGAAGAAAACUUCAUUAUUUUCUGAUUUCUUCACCUUUAUGUCGACAAAAGAAAACAUUGAAGCUAGAAGGCAGAAAUGCGUGAAGCUUUUGCUUAAAUCUUUUUUCUUUCAUUUUUCUCCCACACCCACGCACCUUACACAAUUUCAUGUCACAAUGAUUUUCUGA